GGGUUCAGGAGGCAGACACCCUCUCUAUUUUUAAGACCAGGCUUAAAGCGUUCCUUUUUGACAAAUCUUAUAGUUGGGGCUGACUGGGUGACCCACAGAGGUUCGGCUUGUGUCUUCAUUGUACAGCUGACUCCUUCUUGGACGUCCCUUCGUUCUGCCCCUAGUCAUGCUGCUAUAGGCCUAGGCUGCUGGGGGACUUUUCUUGACGCACUGAGCCCUUCUCUAUCUACCUUUACAUUUAAUAUGUAUACCGUUAUUGCAGUACAUUCACUCUGUUUCCCCCUGUGCUAUUUCUCCGAGUGUCCCUGGUCCCAGAGCUGGAUGCUUCAGAUCUGCGGUCGAUGUUCCACCAGCUGGUCCAGUCUCCACCAUGUCCACUGUGGGAUGCUGCUACUGACCUUCCACCAGCCCUCUGCUUCCAAUUCCCUUUUUCCACGAGUCAACUCUGCAUCGCCUUCAAUAUACUAAAUGUAAACACAGCAAUGGAAUGAGAUGUGGGACCUCUGAGGAGGAUAAGGAUGGUUCGGCAACAACAGCAAAAAGAGAUAAAUCACUCAGUUGUGAGCAAUGUGGCAAGACUUUCAUCACAGCAACAAAGCUAAGAAUUCACAAACGUAUUCACACUGUGGAGAAACCAUUCAGGUGUGAUCAGUGUGGAAAGGCUUUUACUAAGAAGAGUGAUUUAAAAAGACAUCAACUCGUUCACAGUGGAGUUAAACCAUUCAGCUGUGAUCAGUGUGGAAAGGCUUUUACUGACAGAAGUAAUCUAGCAAAACAUCAACUCAUUCACAGUGGAGUGAAACCAUUCAGCUGUGAUCAGUGUGGACAGGGUUUUACUCACAAGAAUAAUCUAGCAAAACAUCAACUCAUUCACAGUGGAGUUAAACCAUUCACCUGUGAUCAGUGUGGAAAGGCUUUUACUCGGAGGAGUCACUUAAAAAGACAUCAACUCAUUCACAGUGGAGUUAAACCAUUCAACUGUGAUCAGUGUGGAAAGGCUUUUACUCGCGUGCUCUCUUUGAAAUCCCAUCAACUCAUUCACAGUGGAGUUAAACCAUUCAGCUGUGAUCAGUGUGGAAAGGCUUUUACUCACGUGCUCUCUUUGAAAUCCCACCAACUCAUUCACAGUGGAGUUAAACCAUUCAGCUGUGAUCAGUGUGGAAAGGCUUUUACUCACAAGAGUACAUUCAAAACUCAUCAACUCAUUCACAGUGGAGUUAAACCAUUCAGCUGUGAUCAGUGUGGAAAGGCUUUUACUCACGUGCUCUCUUUGAAAUCCCACCAACUCAUUCACAGUGGAGUUAAACCAUUCAGCUGUGAUCAGUGUGGAAAGGCUUUUACUCAGAAGAGUACGUUAAAAAAUCAUCAACUCAUUCACAGUGGAGUUAAACCAUUCAACUGCGAUCAGUGUGUGAAAACCUUUACUCAACAUGAACAGUUGUCGAUCCAUCAAUGCCCCCAUUCUGGUAGAAAGCGGUACCACUGUGACUCCUGUGAAAAAACUUUCAGCUCCCAACAGACCUUAAAAUAUCACCAACGCAUCCACACUGGACAUGAUGUGUACGUAUGUGAUUACUGUGGCAAACCAUUUCUAUUGUACUCACAGUUAAAAGCUCAUGAAGUGACCCACACUGGGGUUAAACCAUACAUUUGUGACCAGUGUGGGAAACGCUACAGCUACACUGCAUGCCUCAAAGUUCACCAACGUGUCCACACUGGGGAGAGACCAUACAGAUGUGGCAAGUGUAAGAAGACUUUUACAACUUUGGGUUCCCUGAAACGACACCAGCAGAUCCACACCAGAAAGAAAGCAUUCAAUCAGUGUCACAGUGAGCAGAAUGGAACGGAUGGACAAAACCCUCAGACUUGUCAGCACUCUGCCAAUGGUGAACAGUGCUGCUUUGACCAGUCUGGACCAACGUCCAACCAACAAGGAACCCUACAACGACACCAGCGUAUGCACACUGGACACAGACUGAACCCCUGCCAAGAAGAUUUCUCCAUGCAGGGUUCAGUAAAAGUUCAUGGAGUCCUCCACAAACUUAAAGUCCUUGAGAUCCGGCUUCACAGAAUUCAGGAGAACAAUGUGAUGAGUGCACCGAGAGAUCCAAUACAGGGAGCUUUCCUUUUUCAAAGAUCAUUAGAAGGACAGAAGACAAAAAACCUAUCAUCUGGGUCAGGUGGUCACUCUGCAGCACAAGGAGUACUAUCCCACAUUGGAUCUGAUGUUAAUAUUUCCCUUAGACAUGGUGCUUCUUCAGUGGCGUCCCUGCACAACAUGGAAAGUCUUGAUGGAUCACACUGCCCUGGAGGAGGAGGAGGAGGAAGAAGAGGACCUCGUUCACAAUGACGACCACGCCUGAAACCUGCUGUUCAUGAAUUUUAUUAUUUUGCAAUAAAGCACACUGUUCAAAAUCCUGUUUUUAUUUUCUUUGUUACUGAUUUUGUGUUGAAAGAAAGUAUUGCUGCUGAUAAAGUAUAAAGUCUAACAUUUACCAAAUAAUUCCUUCAGAAUGAUGAAGGUUUCUGUACCAGAAGACUGUUUAUGGGAUGUUUUGGAGGAUAUAUUCAAUGUAUUGACAAGGAGAAUUCACUACACAUCUUCAGAAACAUCUGCAAACUGCAUCUAAAACGUAUUACAAAAAGGGUUUUGAAAAGGUUGAAUAAAUGUGGCACAGUGAACCUUUCUGCCCUGGUUUUCAAGAAGGAACAUGUAAUUUCAAUGCAGACACACUAGGUGUCGCUGUUCUGUCUGGUCGCUGCAGCACAGCUUUAAUAUUGAGCCACGCUCUGAUUGGUUACAGAACGACGAAAGCGGAGUGAAGCGUGCACUUCCAGUCCUAAAUGAAAGCGUUCCGGUAAGCAACAUACAAAGUAAAUCAGAAAUCCAAACCGCUGCCGUGUAGCUGGAAUGAAGUCUCCACGAGGCUGUUCCAAAAGGCCGAUCUGGCCCAUGGCAGUGUUAAAGUAUGAAUGACAUGACAGCUAGGGGAAAACUACGAGGGAGACUGAAUCAACACUCAUUCCAGUUUUCUCCUUUCAUGUCAAACUUAUUAUUCAGUAUAUUUAGUCAAGUAAAAAACGCUAGCAGAACCACCCCAGGGAAGGAAACAGAUCCAUGUCACUGUCAGAAUAAAACACCAUGCAGGAGAAUUAUUAUGAAAACACACUGAGGACUUCGUCCCGAUGAAAUUGCAAAGGGAGGAUUUAUUUUCCCGUCUUUUCUUGUGAUACUUGACAGAAGACAUGACAGCACCGCGCUGUAUCCACAAACAUGUGACUGCAGCAUCCAUUUAACAAGCAACAAACGCAUUUUGAAUACGUUACAGAUCAACGUAACGCCGGACCAAUUACGUUUCUGUUGCACGUAACUGAAAAUGCAUUUUAGUUGUCUGAGAACGUAACUUUGUGGAGACAGGGUUGCUCAUAGUGAUGCUUGCUCUGUCAGGUAUAAUCACAGUCAAACAUCCAUCAGGUCCUCCUCAGUCUCUCACAGAGUUUCAGUUUAUGUGGACGUUCCUGCUGGAACUCUGUCCUUCUACAGAGUCUCCUCUGACUCUCUGAUCCACCUCCACACCUUCAACACCACAUUCACUCAAACUCUCUAUCCUGGAUUCUGGUUCUUCAGUGUCUCUGUGCUGAGUUGAGUCUCCAGAGUCUCCUCCUGGUACAGAAACAGUGUUGAACAGAUAGUUGAGUCUCUCCAUGACUCUGUCCCUCACAAACAUGUUUUCACAUUCAUGGAUUAAAUGUGUUUCUUUGUCAAAUCCUUCUAAAUGAUUCCUUGUAAACUUGUUCCUCUUCAAAGAUGGAAGUUGUGAUUAUUCCAGGA